ACAGCAGGUCAUGAUCCGUACUGCUUUGUGGAGUUCUAUGAGCAUAGACAUGCCACUGCUACAAUUGCAGCCAUGAACGGUCGGAAAAUACUGGGUAAGGUAUUGAAGGACCAUUUGAGGAGUAUAACAAGUUCGUAAAAAUCACUUGUUUGUAAGUCCCUUGUUAUUUGGACCUUACUUCCUACAGUUUUACUCCAAAUUACUAGACUGAAAAUGAAAUGUUCCUCAUUAUAAAGGUGAAGUCAUAAUAUCCCUUUUGUACUCCACUGUAUAUUAAUGUCUUAAAUUCAGAGGUAUAUGUAAAAUUAGAUAACCAUGGAUAAUUAGUUUGUAUUGGUGGUUUAAACAUUUAUGUGGCUUUCAGAGGCCAUCUUAAUCGAAAGUUCUCAAUCACAAAAUAAAACCAAACGUAAAGCUGGUGUGUGACCCCACCCUCUAAUCAGAGAAAAGCAACCCUCCUAUCUUCCCCAGGCAUGCUUCAUGUCUCACUUUUUCAUCUUCCCCGCUCUUUGCAUCUGUGUCUCUUGCAGGAGGUGAAGGUUAACUGGGCCACAACCCCAACUAGCCAGAAGAAAGACACAAGCAGUCACUUCCAUGUUUUUGUUGGAGACCUCAGUCCAGAAAUCACCACAGAUGACAUAAAAGCAGCUUUUGCUCCAUUUGGAAAAAUAUCGGACUGUCGCGUUGUGAAGGACAUGGCCACAGGUAAAUCUAAAGGCUAUGGUUUUGUCUCCUUCUUCAACAAAUGGGAUGCAGAGAACGCCAUUCAGCAAAUGGGGGGGCAGUGGUUGGGAGGACGGCAGAUCAGGACCAACUGGGCAACAAGGAAGCCUGCUCCUAAAACGACAAACGAAACAGCCAGUACCAAACAGCUCUCUUUUGAUGAGGUGUUAAACCAGUCCAGCCUCAGCAACUGUACGGUCUACUGCGGGGGAGUCGCACAAGGCCUCACAGAGCAAAUAAUGAGACAGACCUUCUCACCUUUUGGCCAAAUAAUGGAAAUCCGCGUUUUCCCGGAGAAAGGCUACUCCUUUGUGAGGUUUAACUCCCACGAGGCAGCAGCUCAUGCCAUAGUUUCAGUAAAUGGCACUUCCAUAGAGGGCAACAUUGUUAAGUGUUACUGGGGGAAAGAAACGACAGACAUUGUACAGGGCCCCAUACAGCAGGUACAGAUGGCGCAGCAGAACACACUGAGCUUUGCAGCUCAACCAUACAAUCAGUGGGGCCAGUGGUACAGCAACACACAACAGAUCGGCCAAUAUGUGCCCAAUGGUUGGCAGGUGCCAAGCUAUGGCGUCUACGGACAGGCCUGGGAUCAGCAGGGCUACAAUCAUUUACACGCUGGAGCCGGAUGGACGGGCGUGGGCGCUGUGAGCAACGGAGGCAUGGUGGAGCCUGGCCAGGGAGUCAACGGGACAAUGCUAACCAACCAGGCAGGCAUGAGCACCACUGGAUACCCCACCCACUGAUCACAGUAGCCCCCUCUGAAACGUCCGAGGACACAAGGAUUAUACUCUGCUGGGGGAAGGAGUGCACCAGAUGUGCUCUGACUGUCACAUCACAAAAUUUCUGUUAGUGAAGCUGGUCUGCCAUUUAUUUUUCGUUUAUCUUACUUUUUUUUUUUUUUUUUUUUUUUUUUACCAGCCCAAAGCCUCACCCACUGCCCAAAAUCAGCAGGUUGAAAGUUGACUAUACACACUUAAACACAGAUAAAGCCACCGCUAAUGCACAUUGCAUUCCUGGGCCUGUUUUUAUCAUUUGGUGUGUUCAUAGCCAAAAGCAAAUUUACCAAUCUGUCGAGAGAUUUCCGGAAUAGAGCGUUCAGUUCAAAGAAAAACGAGUGUCGAGUGAGUUAAAUCAAACCCAUCCCCUGACUUCAGGGCCUAAAAGCCGGAGAUACGGGGCAGAAUUUGUGUGUCACUGUUUAGCAACCAUCCAGGGAGGAAAGGCGACGAAUGCUUCCACAGCGAGCACUCAGUAAUCCCACAGCAUCGCAACACAGCUGCUCCACACGCCGGCACAGAGCUGCUCCUUUCCUCUCCGUCGAAGCCCGUCCCGUCGUCGCUCUGUCCGCUCGUUACCGUAGUGACGCAGCUCUCAGGACGUGCUCACGCUAUUCUGACCGCCUGUAGAGGCUAGCAGGCUGGGAGGAAAAUUGGUCACAACAAAACGACGUACAAACAAACGCCAGUGCUCCUUCACGUCCCGGACCGGACCCCAUGGAGAAACUCAUCUGUGGAAAAGAAGUGCGUGUUUGUGUGUGUGUGUGUGUGUGCAUGAACUGAUGCUUUUACUCACCAAGACGACGCCCCCGUCAUCUACCCCAAACCCAGAAGGACUAUGCCAUUGUUUUUCUUUUCUUUUUCUUUUUUUUUUUGGGGUGGGGGUGGGGGGGGUUGCUACAAAACUGCUUGAGAAAGGAGUUUUCUUCUUUGUUUUUGGGCAACGUUAAAUGCUGACAUUGUAUAAAGAGCUUUUGUGUUUUAUUUCAGGACUAAAGAAACGUUGAGCUGAUGCCAUCAAAUUAUGUACACGCACGAUCCUUUUUUUUUGUUUGUUUUGGACACCAUUAAGUGGCUGUCAACCUAAUUUUUUAAUUAGUAUCUCAAAACAAUUGCAGGGAUUACUGCCGCUCUUCUCUUACGUACAGGCAGACAAAGAUUGCACAAAAACUUAGUUACCUUUUCACAAAAUUUGAAGUACUCGAAAUUUCUUUUCUUUUUUUUUUUUGUUUUUGUUUUGUUUGCAUUCCACUUUUUCUGCGAUUUUAUUUGGAAGCCUGUUAUAUGUAAAUAGCCAAACAGUCUGUUAAAUUGUACUAAAUCUGUAUAAAGACAUGUUCCAUGAGAAUGCGUGCUUGCUCCUGGCUGGGGGGGGGGGUGACAUCUCUGUCCAGUGCUGAACCGUAUGCCGUAGAAGCAGAGCAACAUCUCACUCGUCCAGCAGACUGGAGGACAAGCAGCAUUGCUACGUAAUGCAAGAAGUCUUUAGAUUCAAGGAAAAAAAAAGCAACUUUAUAAUUUAAAUUAUUGUUUUACACCGUUGUAGUGAUUGUUUUUAUAGAUGAAGAAACCUACUUCUAUAGCUCAGACUCUUGCAGCUUGUCUCCCAGUCAUGUCAGUAGAAUUGGAAAAUCCAUUUUGUUGCCUUAUCAAGUUAAGUUACUUUUAAUUUAACAAAAAAAAAAA